ACGUGAUUACAUUGAAUUCCAAUAAUGUCAAGUGAUAUAUUUAUUUAUCAAAUCAUCGUACUCUGAAAUUAGAUAUUUAGGGAAUUCAUGUGUAUAAUGUAUUGUAUAUUUACUGCCUUAUCUCGUUGGACACAUUCAAUCACUUCAUUAAUUCUUUUCAAGCUUUUGUUUGUUGUGACCCUAGUACAAGUACUAAUCAUCGUUAAUCCUUUAUCACAAAUAUUGAAUAAAAGAAGCCGUGUACAUCUUGUUAGUGUGAGUGACUAAGUUUAAUUUAUUGACUAUAUUUUAUUUAUAAAGUCACAAUUAAGUUCGGGAUAAUAUAAUUUUUACAAGCUUGAUUUGCGUAAUCAACCCUUAUGGCACAUGUGCUAGCUGGGUACUCAAAACCAAAUAACACAAUACUAUUAUGCUCUCAGAUUUCUCUUUAGAGUCUAAAGUAGAAUCCAUCCAUCUGGACCACGCCUUACCUAGUCCUCACGUUCAUUAUCAUAAUAUUAUAGACUAGUAAUUAAUAUUUUUAAUUUUUGUAUUGAAAUAGUCAAUUACUAACUCAUCAAAUUUUAAAAAUAUCGGCAGUAAUAAAAUACUCCGUAUUUUAAAUUUAUUUUACCAGUAUACAUCAAAGGUUAUUACGGAGUACAAUCAAAGUAGAGUAGCACAUUGAAUACCGUAGAGUAACAAAUUAUGCAACUACGAGUAAUUAAUCAGGGAUGAAUAAUAACACUAUUAUUGGUGUUCACGUCUUCAACCAAUAGUUCCCCACCUUUCUUUCAACAACUAACAAAGAACAGGUAACAGCCAUCUGAGCUGUACUCAGUCUCUUCUUUGUUUCGUGUGUGUGAAUGUGUUUUUUUUUUUUUUUUUUUUUUUUAAUUAAAAUUUUAAUUAUUCUUCUGACUUAGUUGCCAGCUUUCCCCUAAGCUGAUUGUAGUCAUAAACUCAUACCAUUGUUCCUUGGAAAAACUUUGGUGUUUUUUUGUUUUGUUGAGGAAAGUCAACUAAUGCAAAAUCUCAAAUCAAAAACAAAUACUCCUAAUCUUGUUUCAUUUCAUCCCUUUUUUUUUUGUUUGGCCUUUUCUACAAGAAUUUUUACAAGAAGAAGUUAAUUUUGAUUUAAUCCUGUUUGAGUUUCCAUGAAUUUGACUCAUAUAAUCAUCUCAAGUUAUAAGCAUGGAUUCCAAAAGGCAUAAGCAAGUAAGUUUUUAUGAAAAUGGAAAGCAGAGUUUCAACAAUAGUUAUUCUUCAUGGGGAAGAAAUGACUCAUUCAGAUCAGAAAAAUCAUCAAAUACAGAAGCUUCAUCAACAUACAUACAGACUACUCCUUUACUUAGCAGCCGUGUCGGGUUUGGAAGCAUUAACAGAAUAGGGAGUGGCAUUAACAGAAUAGGGGGAGCUUUCAAGCUGCCUACAUUCAGAGCUUUUUCGAGAAAUGGCGGUGAUGGACCUUGGAAACAAGAUGAAUCAUGGUGGAACAGGACUUUGGAUCCCUCAAGUGAGGUGGUCUUAAUAUGGAACCGAAUUUUCCUGGUUGCGUGUCUUGUGGCACUCUUUGUUGAUCCCUUGUUCUUUUACCUUCCCGAAGUAGAUAAACCCAAUGGUUCUUUCUGUAUGUCAAGGAAUGUGCCCUUGGGUGCUGUUGUCACCUUUGUUCGUACUGUCGCCGACAUUCUAUACAUGUUACAUGUGGUUGUGAGGUUCCGCACAGCUUUUGUAGCACCUAGCUCUCGGGUCUUUGGAAGAGGGGAACUUGUAAGAGAUAGAAAGGAAAUUUCAAGGAGGUAUAUCAGAUCAGGUUUCUUCAUCGAUCUCAUUGCAGCAUUGCCUCUUCCACAGAUUGUGAUAUGGUUUGUUAUACCAGCAAUUAAGCUCUCUAAAUCAAGAAGCACCUAUAAUGCGCUUCAAUUGAUUGUUUUCAUCCAAUAUAUCCCGCGAUUUUAUCUGAUUUUUCCACUGAGUGCUGAGAUUAUCAAGUCUGCUGGUGAUGUCACCAAAACAGCUUGGGCUGGAGCUGCUUAUAAUCUGAUGUUCUACAUGUUGGCUAGUCAUAUCCUUGGGGCAGCUUGGUAUCUUGUGUCUGUAGAAAGGUAUUCAGCAUGUUGGAAAUCAGCCUGUAGACAUGAAAAAUCUCCUGCUGAAUGCCGUCUCAAAUACUUGGAUUGCAGUACUAAAGAUGAUAGAGAUCGUAUCGUUUGGGCAAAUAGCACACAAGUAUUUUCUCUGUGUGAUCCUAACAACGAGAAUAGCACUUUUGAAUAUGGGAUAUUCAUUAAUGCAAUGCUAAAAGAUGUUGUCUCUGAUAAUUUCAUGGACAAGUAUUUCUAUUGUUUAUGGUGGGGCUUACAACAGUUGAGUUCAUAUGGCCAGAAUUUGGAAACAAGCACAUUUGCCUGGGAAACCACAUUUUGCAUAUUUAUUUCCAUUGUUGGUCUGGUUCUGUUUUCUCUCUUAAUCGGUAACAUGCAGACUUAUCUGCAAUCCAUCACCUUGAGGCUUGAGGAAUGGAGGCUUAAGAGGCGUGACACUGAGGAGUGGAUGAAACAUCGACAGCUCCCUCAGCACCUGCGAGUUAGAGUGAGGCGGUUUGUUCAGUACAAGUGGAUGGCAACCCGAGGGGUCAAUGAAGAAGCAAUUCUGACUUCCUUGCCAAUAGAUCUACGACGUGAUAUCCAAAGCCAUCUGUGCUUGGAUCUUGUUCGACGAGUCCCUUUUUUUGCUUCAAUGGAUCAUCAACUACUGGAUGCUAUAUGUGAGAGACUGAGAUCUUCUCUAAAUACAGCAGGCACUUUCAUUGUUCGCGAGGGUGAUCCUGUUACAGAAAUGCUCUUUAUUAUAAGAGGGAAACUAGACAGCUCAACUACAAAUGGAGGGCGUUCGGGGUUUUUCAAUUCCAUCUUAUUAAGACCAGGGGACUUCUGUGGUGAAGAGCUUCUUGCUUGGGCCUUACUUCCAAAUGCUUCUAAUUUUCCGUCUUCCACUAGAACUGUUAAAGCACUAGAGGAAGUAGAAGCUUUUUCAUUGCAAGCAGAAGACCUCAAAUUCGUGGCAAACCAGUUUAGGCGUCUGCAUAGUAAAAAGCUUCAGCACACUUUCCGUUACUAUUCUCAUCACUGGCGAACAUGGGGAGCCUGCUUUAUUCAAGCUGCUUGGAGACGGUUUAAGAAGAGAAAGCUAGCUCAAAGCUUAAGCUCAAGGGAGUCAUUCUCAGGUUCUUUAACUGCAUCGAGCUCAUUUUCCCAAUAUGAUAAUGUUGAGUUUGAAAGCCAAGAACAAGCUCCUGAUGACAAUAGUGGUGAAACAGCAACGCCAUCUCAGGCUAUACAACAGCUUGGAGUCACUCUUUUGGCAAAGAGAUUCGCAGGCAAUGCACGAAAAGGUGCACAAAGAAACAGGGAUAUUGAUUUACCUAAGAUGAUGAAGCCUCAAGAUCCUGACUUCUUUUCUGAGCCCUGAAUACCAGCAAUCAGAUGUAAUAUAGGUCAUGCAAUCAUUGCUCCUUAGUCCUUGCUGUCCAAAACCAGAAAUAUGUAGAUGAACUUUACUUUUACCCCUCCUUUUUUGGGUGAUAUGUUACUUGACUACAGCUGUACAUUUACAUGUAUUGUCCUAGUAAACCAAAUUCGUAAUUUUGACAGAAUUUUCAUUGAAGCAAUCAUUCUGCUCAUUGACAACAUGUACACAGAAGAUGACGUUUUGUGCAAUUGAAUACUGAAUUACACAUUAA